CCGCCACCUUCAGCCGACCACCUGUUCGGCGUUACCUGCUUUUGAGACUCUCUUUCUCGGUUUGCGUUCACCAUCGACUACCUAGUACCGUCGUAUCAUCUCUAACCGAUGGAUCCCAACGGCCAAAAUGGCAUUCGCGUUCCCGACCCAACUGGUGAGCGGUGCCCGAACUACGAACUAGCCGCGUUUGCGGUGAUUAGGCAGGCUAUGACGGCCAACGGCGUCAUGACGGAUGAACAGGCGGUUCAGGCCUUGCGGGACGGUUGGCAUGUGCAUCAUGACGCGCAAAUGCAAGCGUGGCAAGCACAGUCGGUAGAAGAUCGCCGAGUGGCGGAAGAGGAAGAGCAGCGGACGCGCGAAGAGGAGGAGGCGCGUCGGGCAGAAGAGCAGCGGGCAGCGGCAGAGGAACAGAAGACGCUAGACAAGAAGAAACUCAAGCUCGCAACGGUGGACCCGUCUCGAAGGCCCCCGACCCAGCUCCGUCAGAGGGUAGCGGAUUACGCGCGAGAAAAGCUCAUGAAACUAGCGUACGUCGAGCUAGACUAUUUUACGGCUAAAACCCGUCAGUUGGCAGAGAGCCAGGCGAAGAGCGUCGUCAACGAGACCUACACCCUGGUCUCCGGAGACACAGGCCUGAGCUUGACUCCCGCGUCGUCUCUUAAGGCCAUCAAAGGAGUCCGUCGUGACGCAGACCUCCCAUUUGAAGAGAUGACGACCGCGUGGCCCGUCUUCAUUCAGGAGAUCACGGACCUUCCAGAAAUCUGGCCACAGGCAAUCGUGCAGCAAUAUCUCCGUUUUUUCCUGCAAAUCGUGGGGCACCAGGAUAGCCAAGACCCGAUCGGGCAGCCAGCCCUCAUGCGCUACAUGGAGGAAGUUCGUUCAGACUGGCACGAGAAAAUCAUCGCGAAGAACGUCUCGGACCAGACCUACAACAUCGGCGUUUUCGAACCAAAGCUGUACGAGCAAUGCAAAGCCGAUGUGCAGGCAACGUCGGCGAGGCUGCAGAUUCAACGGGUGCGUGUCGUCGUCACUCGAUUCAUUAAGUCUUAG